AUGGUCUAUACAACUCCUACAAAGAGUGGUCGCAUUGUUGAACAAUACCGUUCUGGUCGCAGUUCUCGUGCUGUCGCAAAGGAGUUCCAUGUCUCCCCCCAAACAGUUUGCAGCCUCGCCAAGAAGUUCAAGGAGAAUGGAAACAUUUAUCCACUUCCCAAGCCUGGCCGUCCAUGCAAAUUAACAGCUCAAGAUGCAGAUUUUGCAGUUCUGCAGCUCGAUCGAGGACGUGCUGAGAAUGUGGCCGACCUGCAGCGGAGCUACUUUCCAAAUGUGGGGCCCAAGACGUUACGACGUGCCAUGCGCACGAACGGACUUAUCUCUGCAGUUCGUCGGAGGGUGCCCUUUCUGACGAAGAAGCACCGACGUGCACGGUUGAUUUGGGCGCGAGCUUUGCAGGGCUGGACAGAGCGGGAGUGGGAGAGGAUCAUUUUUUCCGAUGAGUCUAAAUUCAAUUUGAUCCACUCGGACGGGCGUGCCUGGUGUUGGAGGAGAGUGGGGGAUGGUUACCAGGACAGAUACACACAGAAGACCAAGAAAUUUGGUGGCGGAAGUGUGAUGGUGUGGGGUUGCAUCACACCGGAAGGGGUUGGGCGGCUUCAUCGUAUCACAGGCAUCAUGCGCGCAGUGGACUAUGUCCAAAUUCUUGAACAAGACCUCCUUGGGACCCUACACAACUAUCACAUGAAUCCCCACCACUACUUCUUCCAGCAAGACAACGAUCCGAAACAUUCUUCCCACCUGCGGUCAUGGGUGGACGAGAGCGGACUGCAUUCACUGCCCUGGCCUGCUCAAAGCCCCGAUAUGAACCUCAUAGAGCAUGUAUGGGAUAUCCUGGAUAGACGAGUGCGUGCCCGCAACCCACAACCCAGCUCGGUGGACCAGCUCUGGGAUGCAUUGGAGGAGGAGUGGUCUCGGAUCAGCUCGGCCCAGGUGCAGAAAUUGUAUGGGAGCAUGCCUAAUCGCGUGGCAGAAUUAAAGAAAGCGAAGGGUGGUAAUACCCGUUACUAA